AUGUUGUGCAAGGUUGAUGUAUUUUCAAUUUUUUCUCACAAUGCAAAUAUCCAAAGAGAUAAUACUAGAUUAAAUAGUAAUAGUAAUACUACAUCAGUCAUUGCUUUAGUUUUAGCAUGCUUUCUGUCUUUUGCAAUAACAACAACCCAAGCUCGUAUUCAACAACAUGUAUCAAUACGAUAUGAUAUUCAACAAUCUUUGUUUAACAUUAGUAGUAGUAGUCACCACUCAUCAAAAAAGAUACACAUCUUGGAUUUAUUAGCUGAUCCAUUAUUAUCAACAACAUCAUCUGAUUCAUCAACAUCAUCAGAUUCAAUUUCAAUACAAUGUUCAAAUGAUUUAUAUAAUCUAACAAAAUUAAAGUAUCCUAGUUCAUUUGAAAUAUUGGAAGCAAGUGGAAAAGGAUUUUGGGAUUUAGGAAAUUAUGAUAAUUGUUUGAGUUUACCAAGCAAUGUAUCACAGUAUUGUGCAAUAUCAACACCUAGAGUAGUGACGUUGGCUGGGUUGUGUCUGCCUUGUUCAUGCUCUGAGAGUGAUGUUGGCACGGCACUAGAGAUGGUGAUGAACAAGACUGGUAUGACUACCUAUUUGGUCGAAGCUGGUAUUGGAUCUGUAUUCACGGUCCAUUGUUAUUCGGGUGACCAUCUGACCGAUAGACCACCCAUGACUGCCGGACCGAUCAUUAUGAUUAUUCUAUGUUUGGUGAUUGCAUUGUUUGUAGUGGCUGGCACAUUGAUUGAAUACCUAUUAUUCACACGUAUAUCAAUUGCCAAAAGAUAUGAAGAUGAAUACAAUACAAAUGAAGAAUGGAAUCUUUUGGUAAAUGAUAAGAGUAAAGACUACAAAAGUACGCCAAUUAAUUACCAAGAAGAGAUGAAUCAAGCUACUACGAUACAAAAACAGUCGGGCGCACCCUUUAACUUUACCACCGAUAUUUACCAAAAACCUUGGACACGCGUCGGUCCCUAUGCCGUCGGUAUUGCCAUGGCCAUGAUCUUUGACCAAACACGUCAAUCAACCAACCCAAUCAUCCACGCCAUCAAGACAUGGCCAGUUGUUCGAUACACAUUCUACGUCGUUGCACUUGGUACCACCACAUUCUUUACGUUUAUCCCUUACAAUGCAUUUGUAGGUGAUGGAUGGAGUACACUACAAAAUGCACUCUUUAAUGCGUGUGGCCAUACUGGGUUUGUACUAGGUGCCGGUCUCUUUCUCCUCACUGCCUUUGCCGGUCGUGGAGGACUGGUUGCUUGGUUACUUGAACGUCCCAUCUUUAAAAACCUCUCCAAACUCACCUACUCUACCUACCUCAUCCACCCAAUUGUCAUUUCAUCCAUUGCAUUUAGUCGUGUCACACUCUUCCACUACAAAACUGUAAACGAUGCCGCCUCUAUCAUUUCCAACAUUGUAUUUGCCUUUACCUGUGCAUUUAUUGUACAUCUUACAAUUGAAAAACCAUGUAUCAAUCUUGAAAAAUUAUUAUUCCAUCCAAAACCAUCAUCUUCAUCAACAAAAUAUGUUCUAUUAAAUUAA